UUUCCGUAAAAUUUAUGGAAUGAUUUUGCUCUGGUAGAACCUUCUUCUCACUCCUCAUCCACAAAAUCAGAGACUCGCAACUUACAACCAACCAGUAUCCUUCUCUCUCUCUCUCUCUCUCUCUGUCUCUCAUGGGUUAACAGUAACACAGAGCGAGCCAUGGCUUCUUCUAACGCCUCAACCAUGAAACCAACAAUCCACUCCUUUUCUCCCUCUCAUUCACUCCAAUCUCCACCAUUCCGCUUCUUCACUCUCUUCUCUUCUUCUUCUUCUUCUGCUCCGAUACGACGUCGUAGAUUCAGCACCCGCUCUCCUCGCAAGCCCAACCUCAAGUGCCUCACCUCCCGCAUCGUCCACCUCACUCGACGACGCCAGCUUCACCAGAUAAUGGAAGAGGUAAAUGUAGCCAAGCGUCGAUACGGGAAGCUGAACACGAUAGCGAUGAACGCCGUCUUGGAGGCGUGUGUGCACUGCGGGGAUAUCGAGUCUGCUCUCAAGGUGUUCGAUGAAAUGUACAAACCAGAUGGUUGUGGCGUUGAUACUGUCACUUACGGUACUUUGUUGAAGGGUUUGGGUGAAGCGGGUAGAAUUGAUGAAGCAUUUCAAUUACUUGAAUCAGUGCAACAAGGUACUGCUUUGGGAAGGCCCAAGUUAUCAGCGCCUCUUAUUUUUGGCUUGUUAAAUGCUCUCGUUGAAGCAGGAGAUUUACGCCGUGCUAAUGGGCUCCUUUCUCGAUAUGGUUUUUUUCUCCGUGAAGGUGGAAGCCCUUUGGUCACAGCUUACAACUUACUUAUGAAGGGAUCCAUAAACGCGGGCUCUCCUGAGGGUGCAAUAGACAUGUAUAAUGAAAUAUUACGUCUGGGUUUAAACCCUGACAGGCUCACCUACAACACUCUAAUCUCAGCAUGUGUGAAGACCGACAAGUUGGAGUUGGCAUUGCAUUUCUUUGAGGAAAUGAAGGACAAAACACAGAAAUUCAAUUAUGAUCUUUUCCCAGAUGUUGUCACGUACACUAUAUUACUCAAGGGUUUUGGGCAAUCCAAGGAUCUCCCUACAGUUGAGAAGAUUGUAUUGGAAAUGAAAACAUAUCUUGAUUGUUUUAUUGAUCGAACAGCAUACACUGCAAUAGUUGAUGCAUUGUUGAAUUGCGGCUCUAUUAAGGGUGCUUUAUGCGUAUUUGGAGAAAUGCUAAAGCAGGCUGGUUGGAAUAAAGACUUGCGACCAAAACCUCACCUCUAUCUUUCCUUGAUGCGUGCAUUUUCUGUUAGAGGAGAUUAUAAUAUUGUGAAAAGUCUACAUAAGCGGAUUUGGCCAGAUACUGCUGGAACCAUCUAUCCAGCAGUCCAAGAAGAAGCUGAUCAUCUUCUCAUGGUAGCUGCUUUAAAUGAUGGUCAGGUAGGUAUGGCUAUAGAUUUCCUUUCAAAGAUUAUAACAAAAUGGGGAGGAAUAUCAUGGACAAGUAGAGGAGGCUUGGUUAUUAUUCGCAUAGAAGCCCUGUUGGGUUUUAGCAAAUCGGUUUUGAGUCCAUAUCUACUUCCUCAGGUGUCAAUGAGCGACCCGGUUGAAAGAUUCAUGAUACCAUUUGAAGCGGCGAAGCCAAUUCACGAGGCCCUAGAGUUAAAGAAGGUUAUCAUGCGUUUCUUUUGUGAUCCAGUUGUGCCUGUCAAAGAUGACUGGGGUAGCUGCAUUGGACUCUUGCACCGUGAAGAUUGCAGGGAGUUGGAUGGUCCGCUAUGGACAAUGAUGAGAAGCCCACCUCCUUAUGUUACAACUACGACAUCAAUCGGGCAUGUCGUUAAUCUACUCAUAGAGAAGAGACAUAAAAUGGUCGUUGUCGUAAACCCCAAUGACGUGUACGACAGAGAUUACAGCUCAAGUUUAAGGGCAGUUGGAGUUUUUGCAUCUGCACAAUUGUCCGACCUCGUCACAACUGAAUCAAACUUGCCUAGAGAAAAACCUUCCAUUUGUCGAACUUUUUAAUUAUGUAUGGACUGUACAAUAUUGUCAAUUUUCUUUUUUAUGUUAAACACGAAAAUAAUCAUUUGCCCAUUAAUAUGGUUUGGGGGUUUUUUUUUUUUUUGU